GAUUUGUUGACGCUGUCGACAGUCAUCAAGGCAGUGUGGACAAGCACAUCCCUCAAAAUGACGGACCAGGCUGAUUCUCAGCAGAAUGGCUUGACUUCCCUCUCCCCCUCCCCUUCCCCAUCACCCUCCUCUUCCCCAUUUGACCACGCUCCCCCACCACCAAUCUCCUCCCCCUUGAACUGUGAUCUCGCCCAGCGUGCGCAUCUUUUGUUCUUGGACCUCGAAGAUCUCCCCCUCCCCGCGUCGGGUGCCACGACCGAGGCACGAGGCGCCUUUCUCCUCCACGAGCUGGCGACCAUCGCCGCCGUCCCGGGCGCAGCGGAACCGGUGUUCCGGCGUUUUGCGCCUUUAGCCCUCGACAUUGUUGCGCGGUGGCUCGAUGACCACCCAUCACAGAAGGUGUGGGAGGCACGUCUGUCUGUGCUCGCCGCGCUCGCGGAACCAAGACCUGACCUGUGGAGUGUUACUACAGCGUUCCUUGAGCGCUCCCCCUUUGCCAGCAAUCCUCUUGCCGUCCUUUCAGACCCGUUGAAUGCGGACGCGGACCGCGCACAAUGCCUCCUCCUGGGCUACUGGCGGCUGUUGACCUCGGAUCCAGGGCUGGCGAAGCGACUGGACUGGCCUACCGCCCCCCUCCACGCGCUGAGGAGUCAUCAGAGUGCCGGGGUUCGCCUCCUUGCCGUUCAGGUGCUUUCGAAGAUCAGGGGAUGGAGCGAGGCCCGCCGGGCGGAGAUGGAGGCUUGUGUCGGAGACGAUGCUCCCAUCCUCUUUGGAUACACUCUGGAGAACGGAAAGGCCAUCCAGACAAUCGUGGACGGGUGGAUGCUCCCGGUUCUUGAGGCAAGGCGCGUGCGUGGAUAUACCGAGGACGCGCUGGCCGAGGGAGAGGUCGAGCCUGCCCUUGCCGCCUCUGAGCUCUCGCCGCGCACCGCGGUGGUUGGUGGGCGUCUCCUCUUCCGCCAGCCAGGGGAGAGCAGUCUCGUUCACGUCCCAACAGCUGCGAUUGACGCUGCAAUUGCUGGUGUUGCACCGCGUCUACAGCGCGGCCUGCCUGUCCUAAUCUCCGCCCCACCCAGUGCGGGUAAGACGCACAUCGUCCAGCACCUCAGCGCGACGCUCUACCCCACUCACCUCCCCACCUCACGCAUCCUCACCAUUCCCCUCGCCGACACGACUAUCGACGUCAAAUCUUUGAUCGGGACGUACGUUUCAUCCCCUACAAAACCUGGGACGUUCGAAUGGAUGGAGGGUGCGCUCGCCAAGGCAGUGCGUGCCGGCCGCUGGGUCGUGUUCGAGGACAUCGACAGAGCAUCUCUGGAAAUGCUCGUCACCAUCUCGGGGAUCACCAAGUCGCUUGCUCUUGGCCGCGUUGGCCGUCGGGCUGCCCUCCAGGUCCCCGGUCGUGAGGAGAUCGAGGCGGGCGAUGGUUUCGCAAUGUUUGCUACUCGCACUGUGCGCGCCGAGGCGACCACGCCGCCGACCUUCUUCGGACAUCAGGACUUCGUCGAAGUACACCUCGCAGCUCCUACGGACGAGGACAUUCUUGCGAUUCUUACCGCCCAGUUUCCCCGACUUCCGUCAGCUGUGACUACAGCACUUGUGGGAGUGUGGCGCGAUCUCCGUCCUCUUUCCAAGACCAGUGGGCAGGUCAAGGCCCGAGACAUCGGCCUGCGCGACCUCGAAAAGUGGUGUGCGCGCGUUCAGCGAGCUCUGCCCCCUCCGGCAUCGCUCGCUGCUUUUGAGGCUGCAGGAAAUACCGCGUUCGCCAACGCAAUCUUCCAGGAUGAGUGCCUUCUGGAUGCCGCCGACAUCUUCCUCGCGUCUCUAGACAAUCGCGCCGGCUCGGCGGAGAAGCGCGCAAAGAUGAUCGAGGUCAUCGCGCUCGGGUUGGGAAUGGAGAUCGAGCGUGCGACAUCGCUGCUUGACGCGCGUCGACCUGAACUCGAGGCAGAGCGCGGCGCGUCCAAGGUGAACGUCGGGCGAUACGCAAUUGAUUCGGCGCCCAAGAAACGCAAGGUCGCGACCGACGCGCAGCCGUAUGCUCUUACUCGCCCAUCAAUGGUCACACUUGAGCGCAUCGCUGCCGCCGUCGCGCUUGCUGAGCCUACUCUCCUUGUCGGUGAAACGGGUACUGGUAAGACGACGUCCGUGCAGCACCUCGCGAACUUGGUCGGCAAGCCCCUCACGGCUCUCAAUUUGUCAACACAGACUGAGACGUCCGACCUCGUGGGCGGCUUCAAGCCGAUCGACGCCGUGGCUGCGGCCCGCACAGUACACGCGAAGUGGCAGAAGCUAUUUGCCGACACGUUUAUCGUCGCAAGGGGCGAGAACGCGAAGUACCUCGAGCUGGCCGGCAAGUUCCUCGCCAAGCGCAAGUGGGACAUGUGCGCGAAAAUCUGGAACGACUCGGCGGAGCGUGCGCUCAAGAAGCUCGAGAAGAUGGAGGCGCCCGAGCCUGAGGCGGACGAACCGCGUAAGCGCCGCAAGCUGGGCAAGUCGGCGCGUGCUAUGGUUCUGUGGCAAGCCCUCAAGGUCGAGGUUGCCGACUUCAAUCUCCACCACGUACAGAUGAAGAGCAAGCUCGUGUUCUCGUUCGUCGAGGGCCCACUCGUUAGGGCGCUCAAGAACGGCGAGUGGAUUCUCCUCGACGAGGUAAACCUCGCAUCUCAGGAGACGCUCGAGGCGGUCGCAACGAUCCUCGAGGCUCCCACUGCCUCGCUUGUUCUGACAGAACGAGGCGACGUCGAACCCGUCACCCGCCAUCCUGACUUCCGGUUGUUUGCUUGUAUGAACCCCGCAACGGACGUUGGAAAGAAGGACCUUCCUGCGGGUUUGCGAGCUCGUUUUACUGAGCUCUACGUCCCGCCUCCCGACGACGACCGCGAGGCACUCGUUUCCAUCGUUGAGGGAUAUCUGGCGGACGCGGCGCGUAGUGACCACGGCGUCAUUCUGGAUGUUGUCGAGCUGUAUACCACGCUGAAACGGCUUUCAGCAGCGAAGGAGAUUGUUGACGGCUCGAACGCUGCUCCCCAUUAUAGCAUGCGUACCCUUGCUCGUGCUCUCAUGUUCGCCGUGCAGAGUGCGCCGACCUUUGGCUUGCGUCGUGGACUGUGGGAGGGUAUGCUCAUGGCUUUUACGAUGAGCCUCGACGCUGAAAGCAAUCUCAAGGCGCACGCAGCUUGCGAGAAACACAUCCUUGCCCCAAUGAAGAACGCCCGCGCCGUGCUCGCCCAGAUCCCAACCCUUCCAGCGAACCUUGACCCGGACGACUAUGUGCGCUUUGGCCCGUUCUGGCUGCAGCGUGGCCCGCUUCCGCCUGUCGAAGAGACGAGGUACAUCAUCACCCCCUCGGUACAGGCGAAGCUUUCCGACCUCGCCCGUGUAAUUCUCACCAAGCGCUACCCCGUUCUCAUCCAGGGCCCAACAUCAGCGGGUAAGACGUCCGCCGUAGAGUUCCUGGCGCGCCAGACGGGACACCGCUUUGUGCGCAUCAACAACCACGAGCACACCGACAUCCAGGAGUACCUUGGCACGUACGUGACGGACCCGCAGACGGGCAACCUCGUCUUCCAGGAGGGAUUGCUGGUCACGGCCGUGCGGCAGGGUCAUUGGAUUGUCCUCGACGAGUUGAACCUUGCACCUACUGAUGUCCUUGAGGCUCUCAAUCGUCUUCUCGAUGACAAUCGCGAGCUUGUUAUUCCUGAAACGCAGGAGGUCAUCAAGCCCCACCCGAACUUCAUCCUGUUUGCGACGCAGAACCCGCCUGGCCUUUACGCGGGGCGGAAGGUACUCUCGCGCGCGUUCCGCAACCGUUUCCUUGAGGUACACUUCGACGAUGUGCCUAAGGACGAGCUUGAGACUAUCCUGUGCCAGCGUUGUGCAAUUGCGCCCACGUAUGCCAAGAAGAUCGUGCAGGUCUUUGAGGAACUGCGACACCUGCGCCAGGCAAGCCGCGUGUUCGAGGCCAAGUCGUCGUUUGCGACGCUACGAGACUUGUUCCGCUGGGCUGAGCGUGGCGCCGUCGGAUACCAGCAGCUUGCGGAGGACGGUUAUAUGCUCCUUGCCGAGCGUGCGCGUUCCGAUGACGACAAGGUUGUCAUCAAGGAGGUCAUUGAGAAGAUCAUGAAGGUCAAGGUCGAUGUCGCGAACAUGUACCAGCUGUUCGAUGGACGCGAGGGCGGAGUCCUCUCUCGCCUGCCCUUUCAAGCCGUCCCGGCGGGUGAACUCGUUUGGACGCAGGCGAUGCAGCGUCUCUUCGCUCUCGUGGCCGCUGCGGCUGCUCAUGACGAGCCCGUGCUGCUCGUCGGUGAGACAGGAUGUGGCAAAACUUCCGUGUGCGAGGUUUUGGCAGCCGCGUUCGGGCAGAAGCUUGUCGGUAUCAACUGCCACCAGAACAUGGAAACAGCGGAUUUGCUCGGCUCGCAGCGUCCUGUGCGGAACCGCCUUGAGCGCCGCGCCAAGGUUCUCGCGCGCAUGACCGAGCUGGGCCUGCCGCACGCACCUGAGGCUAGCGACGAUGACCUUUCCGCAGCAUGUGCUGCCGCGCUGAAGCGGGAAGACCUCGAAGAAACAGUCCGCGCCGACGUCCGCGAGCUGCAGCGCGAGAUUAAGCGCCUCGGUGCCCUGUUUGAGUGGGUUGAUGGCCCGCUCAUCCAUGCCAUGACGGCUGGCGACCUCCUUCUUCUCGACGAGGUGUCGCUCGCUGACGACUCUGUGCUCGAGCGUCUCAACUCUGUGCUCGAGCCCGGCCGCACCCUCGUGCUGGCGGAGAAGGGCGGAGUGGACAUCGACGAGGCUACGAUCGUCGCGCACCCUCAUUUCCACGUCGUGGCCACCAUGAACCCCGGCGGCGACUUCGGCAAGAAGGAGCUGUCGCCCGCACUGAGGAACCGUUUCACCGAGAUCUGGGUCCCGGCGCUGAGCAACCGUGCCGACAUGCUGCAGAUCAUUGGCGAGAAGUGGCGUCACGAAGCGCUGCGCCCUACUGGCCCCCUCAUCCUGGACUUUUUCAAGUGGUUUGGGGAGCGGGUUGGUGACAGCGCAGGCCUUGGCCUUCGUGACAUCCUGGCCUGGGUGAACUUCGCCAAUGAGAUGUAUGGCGCACUCAGCGUCUCCACCGCGUUCCAUCACGGCGGCCAGCUCGUCGUAGCCGACGGUCUUGAGUCGCUCCCUCAAGUAUCGGGAUCCUCGACUGCGACUAUCGCGGCUCUGCGCAAAGACUGCCUUACCAAACUCACUGAGAUGGCUCUCACCCUUGGCCCGCUCGAUGCGGUGGCUGCGGACACGUCGUUCUCCGUCACCGAUGGCAAGGUAUCCAUCGGCGGCUUCGCGGUUCCUCGCGGGCCCCUGCCAAUUGUGGACACCGCUUUCCGCUUCGAGGCACCAACAACCGCGCUCAACGCGAUGCGUGUCCUCCGCGGAUGCCAGUUGCCCAAGGCUAUCCUGCUCGAGGGCUCCCCCGGCGUCGGCAAGACAUCGCUCGUCUCCGCCUUGGCCGCCACUGCCGGCUUCCACCUCCAGCGCAUCAACUUGUCCGAUCAGACCGACCUCAUUGAUCUGUUCGGCUCUGACCUGCCCGUCGAAGGCGGCGCUGCCGGCGAGUUCCAAUGGCGCGACGCGGCCUUCCUCGACGCAAUGCAAAAGGGUGACUGGGUCCUGCUUGACGAGAUGAACCUCGCCUCCCAGACCGUUCUCGAAGGUCUCAACGCUGUCCUUGAUCACCGCGGGACUGUCUACAUCCCGGAGCUGGGUCGUAGCUUCGACCGGCAUCCCGCCUUCCGCGUCUUCGCCGCCCAGAACCCGCUCACGCAGGGUGGUGGCCGUAAGGGUCUCCCCAAGUCCUUCCUCAACCGUUUCACUAAGGUUUACCUGCAGGAGCACACCAGCGAGGAUCUCCUCAUGAUCUGUCGCGGGUUGUACCCGGAGCCGGAGCUCGUAGAACGCAUGAUCGCCUUCAAUGAGGCGAUUCGUGAGGCGACGAUGCUUACGCGCUCGAUCGGCCGCGAGGGCUCGCCAUGGGAGUUCAAUCUGCGUGAUCUGUUUCGCUGGUUUGGCCUCUUGUCCCAGCGUAACGGUCUCGAGCUUACCUCUCACCCCGUUGAGCACCUCCGAACGAUUUACCUUCAGCGGUUCCGAAACGCCGCCGACCGCGCUGCUGUGGCCGCCAUGUUCGAGAACGCAUUUGGCGUCACACCGUCCGCACCUCGCCCUAUCUGCUUCACCACCCCAUCUUGGCUGCAGAUCGGGCACGCUGCGCUUCGCCGCUCUGCCUCCGCAUCAGUCGACACGCAACUGCCGCAUCACCAACUUCCGCUCGCCGAAAGCGUGCUGAAGACGCUCGAAAUGGGCUGGCUCGUGAUUCUCGCCGGCGAUAACGGGCGCGGAAAGCGUGGCGUCGUGCGUGCCAUUGCCGCGCGCGCUGGGCGCCACCUCGGCGAAUUCGCGAUGCACCCGGGAGUCGAUACAAGCGAGAUUCUCGGCACCUUCGAGCAGCAGGACGCGUUCCGUGCCCUCGAUGCGGCCACCAGUGCCGUCCGCAAGCUUCUUGAGGAUGCAGCUGAGGCGCAUCCCGCUGCUGCUGCUCGCGUUCCUGAGCUCCAGGCCGCCCGCAACCGCUGUGACGACCCGCGUCAGAUUGAUGCAGUGAAGUCGUUCACUGCUUUGGCUCGCAGCAUCCUCGUCGAGGCUCAAGCCACUGGCAUUCCCACCACCGCUGCUGCGCUUACGCUCGACGCUGUUGAGCGCGGCUCGUCCUCCGGCUUCGCAUGGGUCGACGGGCAGCUGCUCCACGCUCUCCGCAACGGCGGGUGGUUCCUUGUCUCGGAUGCCAACCUCUGCUCCGCUAGUGUUCUUGACCGCCUCAAUUCGCUCUGUGAGAUUGACGGCCUGCUCGUCAUGUCGGAGAAGGGCAGCGCAUCCGGCGCGCCUGAAGUCAUCAAGCCUCACCCCGACUUCCGACUGUUCAUGACGUACGAUCCCCGGCACGGCGAGCUGUCGCGCGCGAUGCGGAACCGUGGUGUCGAGCUGUAUGUUGAUGCGGCCCCCGUCGAGGAUGAGACCCCCACUGCCGGGAAAACGUUCGCGCUGGCUGAGACGUCCACCUUGCGUUCGGCUGAGAACUUGCUCUCAUCGUACAAUGAAUCGCUCUCGCCGUCGAGUUUCACUGCCAACCUCGCUGCUCUGCAAAGUCGGGCCACCCUCGUGCCGCUUGGCCGCCUUGCAGCGCUAAGUGACGAGAACUUCGGCACUGCAAUUAGCUUCCUCUCGAAUCCGCGCAUCGCUGAGCUGCUCUCGGCGCAGACGGCCAUCUUCGCAACCAAGCUCGGUUCUCUCGCCUCCGAGGUGCCCUUCGAUCUUGCCCUGGACGCCAACGUCGGCAGCCAUGCUGAAUUCAUCCUUUUCCGCGCGCUUCAACUUGUGCUCCGGAACGAAGCCGCCCGCGCCAUAACAGAUGGUUGGAUUAGCGACCCUACGCACGCCAAGACUGUACUUGCGGCCAGCGCUAUUUCGGCGCGCCGUGGUACGUCGAAGCGCAAGCCUGCAGUCGGGGACGGUGUGUACCCUCUCCUCAACCAUUUGCGGGACACAUUAGCGGCUGCAGCCCUCGACGCUGCAGCCAACUCGAACAGUGCAGCUCUCGAGGCUGCCGAGCGCAUGCUCGUGUUCACUGCGCUGCUUGAGGACCACUGCCGCUCUGAGGCUUUCGACUACUCGUCAGUGCAACUGCUCGCCACUUGGCUUCUUGAGCAAUUGAAUCUCAUCGCGCACGGCAAGGAAGUGCGACAGUCCCUCGGCGCGCUGGGCAGGGCCACGAAGAUCACGCGUGGUCUCGGUCAAGCUGGCGUUUGGACGCUCUUCCGCUCUGAGUUGUCGCCUGCUCAACGGGCGGUUGUUGCACGUCUUCUCGACCGUCUUGACGGUGUAGCCGACGCCCGCCUCCGUUCUGACACGGCUCAGGCGCUGGCUGUGGCGGCUUGCGAUGAUGAGCAGCUCGCCGAGCUUUCAGCGCUUAUUGACAGCCUGCCUCGCCGCCCGGAGGAGUCCACGGCAGCUGAUACGCCGUGGUCCAACGCAGCUGUUGCGCGUGUCAUUGAGCUCGACGCUCUCAACGCUGCGGUUGGUGGGACAGGUACGGGCGGUGCGCUCGCCCUUCUCGCCAGCGCAGCGGAUGCACGCCCUGCGGAUCUCGUGAGCAUGCAGCGCCUUUCCACCCCAGGCGGCAAACUCGGUGCUGUGGCAGCAUGGCUCAAUCGCCUCUCUACGAGCCUCUUCGAGCCCGUUGCGCUUGCCGCUGCCCUCCGCUUCUCGCAAGUGAAGGUUACACCGAUGGCGCAGCUUGCAAGCAUGGACGACGCACUCAAGUUCACGACGGAGAGCACACUGUGGGGCGCGGCACGUGGCGCCGACCGCGCCGGCACAGCGGGCAACCUCGCUUUCGCGUUGCUAAGCAUGGUUCUGGGUGCAUUCAGCGUCUCGCUCACCAAUGAGGACAACAAGCCAGUCCUCUCAGCGGGCGACAUGGAUGAGGCUGCUGCCACCUAUCUUCGUGAGGCUUUUGACUCCCGUCUGGCUCCUGCUAUUGUGGAAGCCCAGGAGGGCAGCCUUCUUGCACUUGGGCACCUGUGGCACGGGCUUGGCCGCUUUGUCCUCGAUCUCUUCGUGACCAACGUCCCAAUUGAUCCCGGCGUUCGUCGCGUACUCCUUGGCGAGGUCGUGGCGACACAACUUUCGCUUGUUGCCGACGAGCUUGACGUUGUAACGCAUGUGGAGACCGAGUUAAAGGGCGUGAGCGACAGCGCGCGCGCCGAAACUCUUCGCGCUCGCGCCGAGUCCCUGCAGGCUGAAGGCGAGGCACUCGGCCCCUCCAUCCAGCGCGAAACUAACGCCGCUCGUCUCGGGCACCUUUUCUCUGAGGUGUUCGGCUUCAUCGAGGACGUGUUGGAGAAGGGCCAGUCACUCCUCCACGCACUCGAGAACGGUGCCAACGCUGCCGCGGCGCGCGAGGAAGCAUUCCAGCUCGCAUCAGCAGCCUUCGUUCAGCGCCUUCAUGCGUACACAGACCUUGUAGAUCUCGCGGAGCCAAUUCUCUUUGGCGUGCUCUGCGUCAAGUUCGGAAUGCGUUGUCUCGCCCGCAAUCUCGCCCUGCGAAGUGCCGCUCCGCCUACCACAGUGGGCCCGCUCGUUUCCUUCCCUGCCGUUGCGUCCUUGGCCACCCUCCAGGUGCUUCCCAAGGAAGUCAAGGAGCCUUCCAUGGCCAGCAUGCGUGCUGAUCUCCUCGCCGCGCUUGCGCACGCCCGCGACAUCGCCGAGGGCACACAGCGUCGCGAGCACGUGCCUGGCCUCGUCGGUGGCUUGGAUCGCCUUUACGCUGCGUGGAGUGCUAUCCGCACACGCGAGGCUCAGGAGGCCCUGGAUGCCGAGAGCAUGUACCGCAUGCGUAAGACUGACAUCGAGGUUCCCGACGACGCAGAGCUCGAGGCCAAGGAGUUUGCUCAACUCUUCCCCACGUACGACGAGGACGAGGACGAGCAAAUGGAGCAGGAUGUGCCCGAAGAGAAGCAGCCUCACGACAAGCACAAGGCCAAGUUCUCAACACCACAGGUAGCUGCGUUCCACACCCUCGUCCUAGCCUCUUUCGGCAAGUCUCGCGGGCACGCCGAUAUCAUCAAGACGCUCAAGAGCACAAUUGACGAUGUCCUAUUCCGCUUUGAGCCGGCGGCAUUUAGGGAGGACCUCGAUGUGUCUUCGCUCGCCUUCCAGGUCGCCACCUUGCACCGCCGUCAUGCGGAGGUGAAGACAUCUGCUGCACAGGCGAACUUCUACUUCGACCCGAACGAGUACGAAGUACGCAAGGGCCAGGCGCUUCUCGAGCGUCUCCGUGCACGUCUGGAUGCUCUUGUGGCAGAGUGGCCUGAUCAGAUGGUGCUGCAGCACUUGCGUGAGCGCGUGCUGCGGAUCUUGCAGAUCGAUGUGCGCUCGCCCGUCGCCAAGGUUCUCGCUGCCCUCGAGCAGCUUCUCCUCCACACGGAUGACUGGGAGCCAUAUGCAAACCGCGAGAACAGCCUCAAGGCAUACCAGCUCGAGGUUAGCAGUCUCAUCAUCGGAUGGCGUCGCCUCGAGCUGUCCUCGUGGGUCCGCCUCCUGGACGACCAGGCGCGUCAGUAUAUCGACAAGGACGACGAGUUUACGCUCCGCCUGUACGGCGCCCUCAUUCACGGCACUGUCUCUUCCGACGACGCCGACUCCUACAUCGCUACUGCCCUCCCGGUUGUUACGGACUACCUCUCCCAGGCGACGCUGGGCUCUUUCGCACAUCGUUUGAGCGUAUUGGGAGCCUUUAAGCGCAUGGCGUCUGAGCUUUCCGAAAGCAAAGCAACGAACGCCGCAGCGCUCGGCCGCGUCGCUGCUGUCCUUCACAACGUCAUUGCUCACGCACAACUCUUUGCCCCUCGCAUCCGCGAAAGUCUCGAGAACCAGCGCAAGGUCAUUGACGGCGCGGUCAAGGACUUCGUCAAGCUUGCAUCGUGGAAAGACAUCAACGUUUUUGCCCUCAAGGCAAGUGCGCAAAAGUCGCACCGACAGCUGCACAAGAACAUUCGCAAGUUCCGGGGGGUGCUGCAGCAGCCUGUGGCCCCGAUCUUGAUGGAUCUCGGCUCAGUGUGCCCGCAAGACCCAGCUACGACAAGCGCGGCUCACACCUCCGAGCUUGUGCAAGUUUCGCCCCUCUCCGAGGCUGCAGUUGCCGCACGCGCUGCUGGCCCUGCUGUCCCAUCUCUUCUCCAGAAGAUGCCCGAAAUCUUGGCUCGCUACGAGCGGGUGCACAUCGCCAUGCGUCCUCUCGCGGCCACAACUCCAGCAGACCAGCUGGACGAUAUGGCUGUUGAGAUCAUCGAGACGGCAGCUAUGCUUCAGAAGGCCACGCCUGCAGCUCUCACUAAGGAGAACACCAAGGUCGUCAACAAUCUCGCCAGUCGGAAACGCAAGGCUUUCUCCGACCUUCUCAAGACUCUGCGGGCAUGCGGUUUCUCUCAGAGUGUGCCUGCUGACAAGCUCGCUAAGCAGCAGAGCACACUAUGGCUCACUUCCCGUCCUGCCCUCACCACACACGAUCUGCCGGCUGCAUUCGACGCAGCCGGCGUAACCAAGGUCGCAGACUACCACCACCGCCAGGGGGUGUUAAUGCGCGCCCUUCGAGCCGCAUUCAACGGUCACUCGCCUGACAUUGCGAGCGGCGACCUGGCACGCGGUAUUGGAUUUGCCGAGUCCCUUUACGCGUUAGCUUUGGGGGAGCAGGCGCUCCUCGCCACGCAGCUCUCUACGCUAUCGAAGUUCAACGCGGUCCUUCGCCGGCUUCACACUUGUGCCAAGGCACCUGCAGUGGCCGGUGGAGUUGGCCAGGCACUGGAGCAAGCUGAGCUUGACGCGUGCCACCUCCGUGACGGCCUGCGUGAGGCCGAAGACGCAGUCCGUGCUUUCCGUGAGCUCCAGGGCUCGGUCGUGCCAGACCUCGCCGACAUCCAUGCGUACCGACAGGAGGUCGGUCUGCUUAUCACCGCGCUUGAGAACGCUCUGAGCGCCUGCCGCGCCGCCGAGUGGCCGCUAUACGGCCACGAGGAAGCGCAACUCGUUCACCGAGCGGCUGACCUAUUCCGCCGAGUCGUAGCGUCGUGUAAGGCGCACUCUGAGGCUGCACCAGAGCUUGCGCACAUCUUUUUGCCCCUAGGCAAGAUGGUGGCGCACAUGGGCUUGGCCACCACGCUCAAGACCAGGCAAGACAUUCCCAAGGCCGUCUGGACCGAGAGUGACGACCUCAUCUCGGCUCUACUUGUUGCCGCGCAGUCGAUCGACAACACCCCCGCCGAGGAGGUUAAGGAGGAUGACUAUGCCCACAUGCCGACCGCGUUCACUCGGCAGGCAAAAGCGGUGAACUCACUACGUGCUACUGAGGUGCUCGAUCGCCUCGCUGCGUUCGCUGCUUCAAUGUCAUUCUGGCUCGCAGGGGGCGAAUCCUCGGCCGCUCCUGCAGCAUUGGCCCGUGUACUCCCGUUCGUGGAGGUGCUCGCGCAGACCUACGCUCAGUCCGUAGCUGCCCAUCUCGCUGCUACCAAGGCAAUCUACAAGCUGAACUACGUCGUUGCGCGCGUCAUGCUCGACAUCGCUCAGAAGGGCUUCUGCAAGCCGCAGGAGGAAAGCGAUGACGCGCAAGACGGCGAGGAUGGAGAGGUAGAGGGCACGGGCAUGGGUGCUGGAUCUGGCGAGAAGAAUGUCUCGAACGAGAUCACCGACGAGAGCCAGGUCGAGGGUCUGCAGGGCGAGGAGGAACAAGAGGAGGAGCAAAACGGCGACAGGGGCGACGACGACGAGGACAAUGUCGACAUGGAAAACGACUUCAAGGGCGCCCUUGAAGACGGUAAGGAGAAGGAUGACGGCGAGGAGGAUGAGGGAGAGGACGAGGAGCUCGACGAUCACGUGGGCGAUGUCGAUCCGCUCGACCCCGGCGCUAUCGAUGAAAAGUUUUGGAACGACGACAAAGAGGAAGAGAAGAAGGAAAACGACGGCCGUGAGGAUCUCAUGGACGAAAAAACGGAGCAAACGGGCGAAUCAGAGCUCGCCGCUAAAGACGAGCAGAGCAAGAAGCAGGAUGAGAAGAAGGAGCAGAAGGAGGCGGCGGAAGGCGAGAAGGCUGAGGAGAAGGAGCAGGAGAGCAAGCAGGAUGGCGGCGACGGCGAGGAGGAAGGUGAGGAGUUUGAGGAGCACGAGGCGCCUGAGGGCGAGGACGACAAUGACAACGACAACGAGGGCGCGGACAUGCCUGAGCAGGACAACGUCGCCGCGCCCGAAGGCGAGACACUCGAUCUCCCUGAGGACCUCGAUCUUGGCGAGGAAGACGAUGAUGGCGGCAACGACGAGCAAUUCGACGACGACAUCAAGAUGGACGAGGGCGAGCCCGAGGGCCUUGACAUGGAGGAUCACGGGCGGACAUCGGACCAGGAGGAUGAAGGCGAGGCGGAAGAGAAUGCUCCUGACGCUACUGGCAUCACGGAGGACGAUGCGCAGCCUGAGGCCGAGGAAGCGCUCAACCAAGACCUGGACGUGAGCGCGGGCGAGGCGCAGCAAGAGGCUGCCAGCGCUGGCCAGGGUGGCACCGCGCAGGCAGACAAGGAUGAGAAGGCGGACGCGGAAGAUAAGGAGAUGGGAGGCGAGGAGGAGGACGAGAUCGAGGCUGAGGCCGAGGGUGCAACCAAUGCCGCGCCGCAGGGUGCUGGUGGCACCGACGAGCAGGAGGCCUCCGGCGCGACGGACAGUAGCGGCGCACCCCUUCCCAACGAGGGUGAGCCCCAGCAGGACCGCUCUCUUGGCGACAUCAUGAAGGAGAUUGCGCGCCGCCGCGACGAGAUCCUAAACAAGACCGAGCGUGAAGAAGUCACCGACAAUGCGGACGCGCAGGAACAGGCCCCAGGCCAAGUCGAGUACCUGAACGAUGGCGAUGCCGACGAUGACAACACGAUGCAGGCGCUCGGCGCCGCGCGCGAGGAGCAACAGAAGCUCGAGGACCUCAAGAUUGUGGAUGAAGAGGAGGAGGGUGGUCCAGCAGCGAUGGACGAGGACGAGCCCGAGGGCGAAGAAGAGGCUGAGUCCGGUGAUAAGGCUUCUCGAGAGCACGAAUCCUUCCGCCGCGAGAAGGGCGAGCCCGACGAGUCUCUGGGCGCCGAAAAGGCUCUCACGCAGGCAGAGAUUGGUGGCAAUGCCCCAAUUGCUGGCGACGCGAUGGACAUCGACGAGGGUGAGGGCGAGGAACUCGCAACGGAAGUGCGGCCUGAUGAGGGCGAGAUCGACGUGGAGCUCACCGUCGCCUCACCGUCUGCCGCUGCCGAAGCGGACGGCGCUGAGGACCUGUGGCGCCAGUAUGCCAGCCUUACGAGCGAUCUGAGCUAUGCGCUUUGCGAGCAGCUCCGUCUCAUUCUCGAGCCCACACUCGCCACGCGUUUGCAGGGCGACUUCCGCACCGGCAAGCGGCUGAAUAUGCGUAAGAUCAUUCCCUACAUCGCCUCCGAGUACACAAAGGACAAGAUUUGGCUGCGUCGCACGAAGCCGAGCCGGCGUGAAUAUCAGGUCCUACUCUCGCUUGACGAUUCGCGGUCCAUGGCUGAGUCUCACUCUGUUCACCUUGCGUACCAGACCCUCGCACUGGUGAGCCAGGCGCUCACGAAGUUGGAGGUCGGCCAAGUAUCCAUCGCACGUUUCGGCGAGGGCGUCGACGUACUCCACGAGUUCUCGGACGCCGGGUUCUCGGACGCGGACGGCGCCAAGGUUAUGCGCGCGUUCAAGUUCAACCAGCAUCGAACGGACGUGGCCGCGCUUCUGGAGCGCACGUUAUCCUACCUUGCUGAGUCGCGAGCGAAGAAUGCCGGCGCUAGCGCGCCGGACCUCUGGCAGCUGCAGAUCAUCAUCUCGGACGGUGUGUGCCAGGACCACAACCGGCUGCGUACGUUGCUCCGUCGUGCCCUUGAGGAGCGCGUCAUGGUCGUCUUCCUGGUAGUUGACAACUUGGACGCCGGCCAGGGCAGCAGCCCGCUCUCCACCACCGCCAACACGCCCGCGGGUUCCGGGGCAAACACGCCCAUCAUGGCUCCCCCCCGCCGUUCAAUUCUCUCCAUGCAGAGCAUCACGCCGACGCUCAUCAAUGGCAAACCCGACUUCGUCAUGACGCGUUACCUGGACUCAUUCCCAUUCGAGUUCUACGUUGUGUUGCGCGACGUCGAGGCGCUUCCGGGCGUGCUGGCCGAUACGCUGAGACAGUGGAUGGCGAGGGUGAGCCAGUCGCAAGAGUAAUAGGAGAAGGAGAGUAAUAGCAUUGCAUUCAUACCCCCAAUAGCAUCUGCAUUGUUUGGUUCCAGU